AUGGACCCCGACGCAAGUGUACCGGUCGACGACCCAUCCGUCCUCAACUAUGUCCUCUCCUUCCUCCUCGUCGGCGUAGCAUGGGGCUUCACGACGCCGUUCAUCCGUCGCGCCGCAGCGGACUUCAACGCACGGCAGGAAGCACUCCAGAAACCACAGUCACCGACGGUGCCACAGACACAAUCAGCACAGUCCACCACGGAAGAGCAGGAGCUACAGGAUCAAAGCCACCCCGCAACCAGCACAACGAAGAAUGGAGAUGAACACGAAGAGGAAGAAGAAUCGGAGUCAGGAGAGGAAGACCAGCCUCUCACACCGAAUGCGCGAUCAACAACGGCAGCUGCAGCUGCAGGAGGUAGCUCUCCUGUCCCGGCGUGGAUGAAACCAAAGUCCACAUCCUCAUGGCUCACGACCAAGGUCGUGACGGUCUUCUGGACGGUUGUCAAUCUCCUCCGCACGCCGGCGUACUCCAUCCCGCUUGUUAUCAAUCUGACGGGGAGUAUUUGGUUCUUUUUGUUGGUUGGGAAGCAUGAAUUAUCGUUAACAGUCCCACUGGCGAAUUCAAGUGCAUUCCUCUUCACCGUCAUCGGGGAGUGGUAUGUCGAGCGCAAGGUCAUUGAGAAAGAGACGUGGUUGGGUAUGGCGCUUGUCCUGGGCGGCAUUGGGAUCUGUGUGCACUCGAAGAACCAGAGUUAA